GGAAAGCUGAAUCACUUCGGUCGCAGGGACCGAGGGCCGUUGUUUUUAGGAUAGGAAAUUUUCUGAACCAAGAAUAUCGAUACCAUGGAUAGAAAACAGUGGAUUAUUAUCCCUCUGGCAUUAGUUGGAGUGUUUUGGAUUUGGAUUCCACAGGUGUCCGCUGAGUGUCAAACACGCUCGAUCUAUUGCUAUGAGUGCGACAGUUGGACGGAUGCACGGUGCAAGGACCCCUUCAACUAUACCGCCCUGCCCCGGGACCAGCCGCCCCUGAUGACCUGCAACGGCUGCUGCGUCAAGAUGGUGCGCCACUCGAGAACACCGUACGAGGUCGUGAGGCGAAUGUGCACGUCACAGUUGCAGAUUAAUCUGUUCAUGGUAGAUCAUGUGUGUAUGAUGGAAAGUUCUGGCAAUGGCCAUAUGUGUUUCUGUGAAGAAGAUAUGUGUAACUCCAGUCCUCCCAGCUUGCUCACCGCGAACCAUCAUCGGCUCACUGUGCACGCGUGCAUCGGUAGCGUGAUCGCCGUUUAUUUGCUCCAGCUCGUCCAGAGGGUCUUUCGGUAAGCCGCAAGGUGGCUGCAAACCCAAAACAAAAAAAAACCAAAAAAGAAACAAAUGCAACACUCCGUUUCCCCUUAUCCCACUGCACGGGGCCAUCAAGACGUCGAUAUCCCUUUUUGCCUGCUUCCCAUUUCGUAGAUCCUUGAAUGGUCCUUUCUCCUCCUUAUCGACCUUAUGGCCCCCAUGUCAGAAGUUGCAGUGGGUGGGAAAUGGGUGGAGCUGCCUUGCGGAGCUCUCAUUUGUCCUAAAGCAAAUCGAAAGACUUUUCUACACUUGCCAACCGAGCUUACGGUUGCUUCCGUCGCUGCGUA